AUGCGCUACUACGAGCAGAAAUACCCCGAGGUCGAUGAGCUGGUCAUGGUCCAGGUGCGCCAGAUCGCAGAGAUGGGCGCGUAUGUCAAGCUGCUCGAAUACGACAACAUCGAAGGCAUGAUCCUGCUCUCAGAGCUCUCGCGCAGGCGUAUCCGAUCCAUCCAGAAACUCAUCCGUGUCGGCAGAAACGAGGUCGUUGUCGUCCUGAGGGUGGAUAAAGAAAAGGGUUACAUUGAUCUAUCAAAACGUCGCGUUUCGCCAGAGGAUAUCACAAAAUGCGAAGAACGGUACAUGAAAUCAAAGACAGUCGCCUCGAUCAUGCGGCACGUUGCUUCAAAAGUCACCGUAACAGACGAUUCCUCUGCCCCCGCCACUACGACUCCCGCUACCGAUUCAGCUGAAGCGCACCCUGAAGUAGAUACCGAGGGUGACAAAAAAGAAACCAAAAGACCCCGCAAGGGUAAACCCUCUGGCGAUGGCGAAGAGGGUGACGAAGAAGCCGCGGCGGGUGUCGCUACCGGAGGCUACAAGGGUAGCCCGAAUGAAGAAGACAAGCUCGAGAGAUUAUACGAACAGAUCGCCUGGCCUCUGGGUCGGAAAUACGGACAUCCGUACGAUGCAUUCAAGCUAAUGUUAACAGAGCAGCAAACAGUUCUCGCAUCCCUCGCAUCCAUCCCCGCCUCACCGAACACACCCAAUUCGUCGCCUGGCAUCGUGAUCCCGCCAUCCACCAUCACAAUCCUCACCUCAACGAUCGCGCGUCGUCUAACCCCCCAACCUAUCAAACUACGAUCCGACAUUGAGGUCACCUGUUACACCGAAGCGGGCAUCGAUGCUAUCAAGAAAGCACUGAAGAACGGCGAAAAGGUGGGAAGCACAACCGAGGUGCCAAUCAAAGCCAAACUAGUGGCCCCACCGCUGUAUGUUCUGAGCACGAACGCUACGGAUAAGUACGCUGCUGUGGAACGCCUGGAACGCGCGAUCGAAGCCAUCCAGAGUACGAUCGAAGAGCAGGGAGGAUCGCUAGUCGUUAAGAUGAAGCCAAAAGCCGUUUCGGAAACGGAAGAACAAGAUCUGGAACAAAUCAUGCGCAAGGCCGAGCAGGAGAAUGCCGAGGUUUCAGGCGACGAAGAGGAGGAGGAAGUGUAA